GAAAGCAUGGCCGGUGCUCUUGUCAAACUCCAUCAAACCAAGUGUGCCUCUAUUGUCAAAAUCCAUCAAUGUUUCAGAAAUAUUCAAUGAAACCAUGUUUGUAGGCUUCUCAGGAUCCACAGGCACAAUCAAAAGUGACCAAUAUAUCCUUGCAUGGAGUUUCAAGAAAGGUGGACAAGCAGAAAGCCUUGACAUUUCAAAGGUUUUGGAUCCCCCUAAUCGACCUCCAAAUGACUCUAUCAAGAAACUAAUUCUCGUUGUUACUAUACCUUUAAUUGUUUUUCUGAUGAUGCUUGGAGGAGGUUUCUAUCUAUACAUGAGAUGGAAGUACGCAGAGGUGGUAGAACAAUGGGAACAAGAUUAUAUCCCUCAAAGGUAUUCUUUCAAGAACCUCUACAAAGCAACAAAAGGUUUCAAGGAGCUACUUGGAGCUGGAGGUUUUGGAAAAGUAUAUAAAGGAGCACUUCCUUCUGGUGUUGAGAUUGCUGUGAAGAGAGUCUAUCAUGACGCAGAACAAGGAAUGAGACAGUAUGUUGCGGAGAUAGCUAGUAUGGGAAGGCUAAAUCACAGGAACUUGGUGCCACUUCUUGGCUAUUGUAGAAGGAAAGGAGAAUUGCUUUUGGUUUAUGACUACAUGCCCAAUGGAAGCUUAGAUAACUACUUGUUCAACAAAAACAAUCUCCAAUGCCUCACUUGGUCCCAGAGGUUUAACAUAAUCAAGGGAGUAGCAUCUGCUCUUUCGUAUCUUCAUGAAGGCUGGGACAAAGUUGUAUUACAUAGAGAUAUAAAAUCUAGCAACAUUCUUCUUGAUACUGAACUAAAUGGAAGGUUGGGAGAUUUUGGGUUUGCAAGAUUCCAUGACCGUGGGGAGAAUCUUGAAGCCACACGUGUGGUGGGAACCAUUGGCUACAUGGCACCAGAGCUUACUGCAAUGGGAGUGGCUACAACAAAAACCGAUGUCUAUGCUUUUGGAGCUUUCAUCCUUGAAGUGGUAUGUGGUAAGAGGCCGGUAGACCCUGAGAGACCCCCUGAGCAGAUGAUUUUACUUAAGUGGGUUGCUAUUUGCGGAAGCAGAGACAGUUUCAUGGUUACUGUUGAUAGUAAACUCGAAGGAAACUUUAAAGCUGAAGAGGUCAAGAUGCUUUUGAAGAUAGGCAUGCUCUGUUCACAAAGCAACCCAGGGAAUAGGCCUAGUAUGGGAGAUAUAGUACAAUAUCUUGAGGGAAAUGUCACUGUUCCGAGCAUAUCAGUUGAUACAUCUGGUUUUGGUAUGCCCAAUAUAAGCAAUGAUAUGGUAACACAAGAGACAGCGACCUCCUCAUUAGCUAACUUCUCGUUUGAAGAUGUUACAGUCCUAUUUGGUGGUCGUUGAAGCCUCCAUCACAGGCUGCUUUUUAAGUUUACAAGUAAGUUUCUUCUUUUUGCUACAAUGUUUGAUCUUUCUGAUGUAAUGAUUGUAUUGUGAUGUGUUGUUUGCAAA